ACCACCACCACCACCACCAUGGCGACGACCACUGCCGCUCCUCCACGUCAGCUCUCCCAGAAGGAGGCUGACAUCCAGAUGAUGUUGGCGGCCGAGGUCCACCUCGGAACCAAGAACUGCGACUUCCAGAUGGAGAGAUACGUCUUCAAGCGCCGCAACGACGGUAUUUACAUUAUCAACCUUGGGAAGACAUGGGAAAAGCUCCAGCUUGCUGCGAGGGUUAUUGUUGCUAUUGAGAACCCGAAGGACAUCAUUGUGCAGUCUGCACGGCCUUACGGACAGAGGGCUGUCUUGAAAUUUGCUCAGCACACUGGUGUUAAUGCCAUUGCUGGAAGGCAUACUCCUGGUACAUUUACCAAUCAGCUCCAGACUUCUUUCAAUGAGCCCCGCCUUCUCAUUUUGACUGACCCAAGGACUGAUCACCAGCCAAUUAAGGAAGCUGCUCUUGGGAAUAUCCCGACUAUUGCCUUCUGUGAUACUGACUCCCCCAUGCGGUAUGUUGACAUUGGCAUUCCAGCCAACAACAAGGGUAAACACAGUAUUGGAUGCCUUUUCUGGUUGCUAGCAAGAAUGGUUCUGCAGAUGCGUGGUUCCCUUAGGCCAGGCCAUAAAUGGGAUGUCAUGGUUGAUUUGUUCUUCUACAGAGAACCUGAGGAGGCCAAGCCACAAGAGGAGGAAGAUGCAGUCCAAGCUCCAGAGUACAUUGCAGAUUAUUCUGCCGCUCUUGGCGGCGAUCAAUGGCCUGCCCAAAUUGCUGAUGCUUCAUGGUCUGCAGAUGCGGCGGCCCCAGCUGUUGCUAUUCCAGCACCUGCUGCUGGAUGGACUGAAGGACAAGAAGGCUGGGAUGCUGCAGCCCCUCCACCAGCUGCUGCCGUUGAGGGUGGUGCUUCUGUAGUUGCCACUGGUUGGGAUUAAGGAGAUUUUGCUAGUAUCAUCAGUGUUGAAGCUUGUAUGGAACUAGAGUAAUUUCUUUCCUUUUUGGGUUCGUUAAAGUUUUCAGAUGAUGGAUCAACUGUUCCUGAGACAAUUAAGUUCUAGAUUCAGUGUUCUCGGAGAUUUUGAGAGAGUUAUCUCGAGUGAUUUAAUGUUUUAUAUAUUCUACU